AUGAAUGCUGAUACUUGUGUUUCUUAUUGUGAUCCGGCUGCCAUGGAUUCCUACUACAACGCAGCCUCCCAGGGCACAGAAGGCUCCUCGCCUUUUAGGGCAUUUCAAGCAAGUGACAAGUUCAGCCCUACUUUCCUGGCCAGCAAAGGACAAGGCUUUGGUGACAGCAGCACUAAGUGCCGGAGCCGCUACAGCCAGCAGGAAUGUCAGUCCCUGGAUGGCAGCGUGCAGGCUCCGGGCUCCGCCGGGGCUCCGGCCUCCUUUAACAAAUACCCGCAGCAGCAGCAGCAGCCGCAUCUCUACAUGCAGCGAGGCCCCUGCAAAACCCCCCCGGAGAGCAACCUCAAGCUGCAAGAGAGCAGCGGCCACAACGGAGCUCUGCAGGUCUCCUGUUACGGUAAGGAGAGCAGUUUGGGAGAGGCUGACUUGCAGCCGAGCUCCGACCCUUCGGGAAUGGACAGCAGCUACCUCAGCGUGAAGGAGGCCGGGGUGAAAGUGCCCCAGGACAGGGCCAGCACGGACCUCCCCAGCCCCAUGGACAAGGCUGACUCGGAGAGCAACAAGGGCAAAAAGCGGAGGAACCGCACCACCUUCACUAGCUACCAGCUGGAGGAGCUGGAGAAGGUCUUCCAGAAGACCCACUACCCAGACGUCUAUGCCAGGGAGCAGCUAGCCAUGAGGACAGACCUCACCGAGGCUCGCGUACAGGUGUGGUUUCAGAAUCGGCGAGCGAAAUGGCGCAAGAGGGAGCGGUUCGGUCAGAUGCAGCAGGUCCGGACCCACUUCUCCACCGCCUACGAGCUGCCCCUGCUCACCCGUGCGGAGAACUACGCCCAGAUCCAGAACCCUUCCUGGAUCGGCAACAACGGCGCUGCCUCCCCUGUGCCCGCCUGCGUCGUCCCCUGCGAGACAGUGCCCUCCUGCAUGUCCCCCCAUGCUCACCCCCACGCAGCCGGCGGCGUGUCCGAGUUCCUCGGCGUCUCCGGCCCCGGCAGCCACGUGGGACAGACUCACAUGGGUGGCCUCUUUGGCACGGCCGGGAUGAGCCCCGGCCUCAACGGCUAUGAGCUGAACAGCGAGCCGGACCGCAAGACCUCCAGCAUCGCUGCCCUGAGGAUGAAAGCGAAGGAGCACAGCGCCGCUAUCUCCUGGGCGACAUGA